AUGGCUUGCUGUGUUCCCUGCUGCUGCAGCGUCCCCACCGGCCCCGCCACCACCAUCUGCUCCUCUGAAAAAUGCUGCCGGUGCGGAGUCUGCCUGCCCAGCACCUGCCCGCAUGACAUCAGCCUCCUCCAGCCCACCUGCUGUGACACCUGUCCCCCACCCUGCUGUGAGCCUGACACCUAUGUGCCAACUUGCUGGCUGCUCAAUUCUUCCUACCCAACUCCUGGAAUGAGUGGGAUCAACCUGACCACCUAUGUUCAGCCUGGCUGUCAGAGUCCCUGUGAGCCCUGCUAAGCAGCCAUGUCUCUGCACAGGUUCAGGGAUGUGGAGCUCAUCAUCUGGCCUUCAACACCUGCUACUACCUACAUCAAGCUAAAUCAAUCCCAAGCCCCUGGGCCACGUUUUCAUGAAUUCGCCUAACUUCUUCUCUCCUC